GCAUUAUUGAAGUUAUACUUCUUUUUCUUUUCUUUCGUUUGUCUUUGAUUUUUGCGAAUUCUCAACUAUUUUGUGUGACUUUUGGUUGAAAUACUCUGCGCUGGCCUUUGAAAAAUUAAGACUAUACUUGACAGGAUCAUUUCUGUAGUCAGUCCACAGAACUUAAAAGUAUAGAGAAGGUGCAGGUUCGACUGCGAACAUUUGAUAGAUUCACAUUAGGGAAUUCAUCGCAUUUGUUAACAUUGUAGGUCGGAAUUCGCCUCGUAAUUUUAACAUUUUUUACAAUUCUCUCACAUAUUCUAACCGAGAAUAUGAAGAGACAGAAAAAUAUGUAUCUACGGCAUAUGAUGACAAGGCAUACUAUAUGCCGAAGCAUAGAAUAUGAAGAGACCGAAAUACACUCCCAACGAAGAACUUCGUUUUGCUUUUCGUUUAUAUUUUAUUCCAUUUUGACAGCGAAAAAUGUGUACAAAAUACACCUCUCACACAGAGACCAUAAACACAUUUUUGAAGUUAUACUUCUUAUACGAGUUCGGAAAAGGUUGCGAUAGAUUCAUAUUGCGCAACCUUGUCUGCGAAGAUGUUCGAGUAGCAAGGGAAGCGGAUCGUUUCUUUCGGCACAGCUCGGCUUUUCUACCAGCAACACAAUGUAGUCUGCUUAUGCUAUUGUUGUUUUUGUAGAACAAUGUUUAACUUUUUGGUUUGUGACAUAUUCACAUGUGUGCGCGUGUAUGUUUGUAUGCUUGUGCAUUAUAUCUUUCGUUUGUGUUUCAUUUCUGCGAAUUCUCAACUAUGUUGUGUGACUUUUGUUUGAAAUACUCUGCGUUGGCCGUUGAAAAGUUAAGACUAUACUUCACUGGAUUAUUUCUGUAGUCAGUCUUCAUUUCCUUUCUUUGCAAAUCGACCCGCGAUGACGAGGUAUGUCGUUUUAUCCGACAGCGUGGGGUUUAUGGACUUCAUUUCUAAUUUUAUCUUGUGGCAUAUUAGAAAUGAUGUUUCUUCCAUGAUCGCUUGGUUACAACGGAUAAAACGACUUCUGAGUGGUGAUUUUAAUGAAUAAAUUCCAAGGUUUUGUACAAAUAAUUAUAUAUGCAGUCAAUAAGUACAAUAUAUAUAUAUAUAAUAAGUACAGUACGCAUAUGUAUGUUUGUAUACUUGCGCAAUAUUUUUCUUUUUUUUCUGUUUCAUUUAUGCGAAUUCUCAACUAUUUUGUGUGACUUUUUGAAAUUGCAACGCCAAUAAUGAAUACAAGAAAUUGACUAAACACCAUGUUAUAAGAUAUACAAAUUAUAAUAUGACAACCCAAUUCGAAGAGUACAAAAGAGAGAUAGUUACGCUGCAUAUUCCCUCCCGCAACGAAGAGACAGAACUACUUUCCGAGUCUAAAUUCCUUCAAUUAGACUUUGCUUUAUAAAAUGUGCAUAAUAAAUUUAUAAAAUGUGAAUUUAAGUUUUCUAGUUUUCUUUCAUACAAAAUGAUAUGCAUUUCUGAAUAUCACUAAGAAGUAUAACUUCUUCCGCGCGUAGGGACUCCACGCACCUUUUUUUUUCUAAUUCUCUUAUUUUAGUUACUCGAAAUGAGCAGAGACUGCUUCUCGGCGGCACCUCAUGAAUAGGUUGUUCAAAUAUCAUUGAACAUGCAUACUUAUCAACAAAGCCGAAAUACAAUUAAAAAUAAAUAUCUAUUUUCAAACAUACAUACAUAUGUAUGUAUGUACAUAAACAACCACACGUAUUUAAAUGCAAUGUGCAUCUAAUAAUAUUAAAAAUGCAUGGGACAAAAAUCAUAAAUUCAAAGAAGAGAUAACAUUAAACACACACACAUAUGUAUUAAAUUGUACUCUUGAAAUAACCCCAUGUCAAGCGACAAUAAACAAUAUGCUGCAAUACAUAAAAACAUACACACAUACACAUAUUUUUAGUUAUUUAAGAUAGUUUUAAAAUUUGUAUAUAAGCAAGAAAAAUACGAAAUAAAAUGAAUAAGCUCUCCCUAAAUAAAAGUCUUGCAUUGCCCCCCACCAGAGGUAAGGAUUGUAAGAAACUAUAUUGAGGUAUUAACAAGGUAUUAGAAACCUCUCGUCUUUAUUUGACCAGUAUGGCAGUGCUAAGUGCAAUUGGAGAUUGUUACAACAGAACAGGGCCCGAAUCGCGGCAUUCGUAAACGAGUCAAAUUGUUCGAAAUUUCCAGUUUUCGGAUUGCGGCACUCGUUAUCGAGUACACUCGUUCGAAAUUUGACAUUCUGUCAUUCGAUAACGAGUUGUAAUUCAAACGAACGUAACGAAAUGUCAUUCGAUUGAUAAUUUGCAAUCGUUAAUUCAAAAGUUUUCAAACGUCGUGAGUCUACUCAGAAAAAAUCAAAUAAAAUGUAAGUUAACGUUUAUGUUAUUGACUAUUUUAUGAAUAGAAUCAUUUUUUUAGGACAAAUGUUAAUAAAAUCAACAUGAGACAAAAAAAUUUAAUGGUCGAAUACAUCCUUCGGCAUCAAGACUUGGCCAAAAAUAUGCUGCCGAAUUGUGGUCAGGGCAAAGCUGCUGCCAAUAAAUUGUGGGACUCCUUGGCGGUUCUGCUUAAUGCGGCCGGUCCACCAAUGAAGGAUGCUAAGUCUUGGCGGAAAGUAUUUGCUGAUCAAAAGCACAACGUCAAAAAGAAGUUGUCUUUCAACAAAGCGUCGAAGCAGCGAACUGGUGGUGGUCCUUACGAAGAAAAGUACCUAACAACAGCAGAGGAGCAACUGCUUCAGGCUACCGGCAUGGACGUUGCGGUAGAAGGCCUGGGAGAAGUAAGAACUUUUGGCAACUCCACCCCUGAAAAAGAGCCUGUCGAAAAGCUUAUGGCAGAGUUUUUAUACAGUGGCGAAGACGACGUUCCACCGAAACCCUCAACUAGUCGCAGCGCUACGAAGAGGAGCAAACAGGAUGCUGCCGAUGAAAAGCUGGCCCUCAUUAAAGAAAACAUGAUCGCGUUUGAAAGCUACCAGCAGAGUAUAGGCGCAAAACUAGACAAGCUUAUAGCUUUGAAGGAGAGGUCGAUGGAAAUGAAAAAGGAAGCUCACAAAGCUUAUAUGGAAGUCAAAGCAAUAGAGCUGCAAAUUAACCGAAUACAAUUAGAAGCCUUAAAAGAAAAUAAAUAAAUAUACAAACAAAUAAUAAUAAACGUACAUACACUUGUUUUAUUCAAAUUGUAUUUUCUAGCGCCAACAUUAUAUGGUUUCGAAUUUUGUGUCCAAUUUUGGUUAAAUGAGUUUCGUUUCCUAUAUCCACUUCUGUGUUAAUAGCUUCACUUGCAUAAUGUCUGCAAUACGACGCAUCUUUGAAAUGUAUGCAAAUGUUAUGCAACGCUGCACAUACGUUCCCGAAUUGUGCCAUUUUUUCAGGUUGGUAACGGCUUCUCUUGUCAUUGCUUAGAAUUUUCCAACGGCCCUUUAGGAUACCAAUAGUUCUUUCAACCACACAGCGAGCUUUAGAAUGAGCCUCAUUGAACCGAGCUUGAGUAGACCCUUCUCAGGGUUCCUGAAUGGUGUUAAACACCACGGCUCCAAGGGAUAACCCGAAU